UAUUCUCAUUCAAGUAGUUUCAAUUUACCAUUUCCAGAUCCAUAUCAAGAGCUCAGUCAAUCAAAGCUCUUCUUUGUUCUCAAUUCGAUUCCAUUUCGACAUGGGAAUUCGUCUGCCUUCCGUUCUCCUCACUGCCAAGCAAAUUCUAAAGAUGCAGUUCGUUUCAUCAAGAUGUCAGUCCAAUAUUCCCAAAGGCCAUAUUGCGGUGUACGUGGGAGAAAACCAGAGAAAGCGGUUUUUGGUUCCAAUUUCCUACUUGAAUCACCCUUCAUUUGUAAAGUUGCUCAGUAGAGCUGAAGAAGAAUUUGGAUUCAACCAUCCAGCAGGAGGUUUGACCAUUCCCUGCAAAGAAGAAGCCUUCAUUGAUGUCACUUCUAGAUUAGUAGACGAUGCUUGACUCGUUGAGCUACGCUUGGAUGGAACUGAACAAAAUUUGGCGACUGCAUAUCUCAUGAAAGAUGGAGAACAAAGAGGAAAUCCCUCUUCACAGUUUUGACAACUUCUCUUUUCAUUUCUGUCGAUACGAUACACAAUUGAUUAUCACUGUAAAGGAAACUUUUUACAUGUAAAGUGACAAAUAUGAGUUGCAAUUGCAACUGAGUUAAAAUUUUCAUCGACAAAAA